AGGGGAGCGCGUAAUCCGAGCGGCCUACGCGCCGGCCCCUCUCGAAGGGGGGGGGGGGGAGACAUUGAACUCCUUUCUUUCGAGUUCCUACGCCACACAGGUUUUUCUGUAUGUGUAUCUUUUACAUAGGUGGACCGGACCAGUGAGGGAAGCAUUGUGAGUAUCCCUGUGCCGAUGCGCCGGGGUUCCUCAGAGAACAACCUGGACUUGGACCUGAGUGAUGGAGGUCCUGGUUCCAGCAGUCCUGGUCCUGGACUAGGCCUUGAGAUCCAGCGGAGCAGAUCCUGCCUGGACAGCCUCCAGCAAAAGAUCCUGAAGGUGACGGAGCAGCUGAAGAUCGAGCAGACAGUGCGGGACGAGAAUGUGGCAGAGUACCUGAAGCUGGUGAACAGUGCCGAUAAACAGCAGGUGGGGCGCAUCAAGCAGGUGUUUGAGAAGAAGAACCAGAAGUCAUCACAGAACAUCGCACAGAUGCAGAAAAAGCUGGAGCAGUACCAUCGCAAGAUGAAGGACAGUGAAAGCUUUCUGAGUCCCUCCUCUUCCUCCUCCUCCUCUACCCCCGCUGCUCGAUCUUCCUCCGUCAAACGUAGCACCAUACCAAGGGAGUCACCCAAGCAGCUGCUGCGAGAUGUGACGGGCAGUGGUAGACACCCGACCCUGGACAAGAUCAAGACCAUUGGGCCAGGAGUCUCGCUGUCCCCUCCCUUCUUCUUCAGCAAGCCCCGGGAGUUUGCCAAUCUCAUCAGGAACAAAUUCGGCAGCGCGGACAACAUUGCCCACCUCAAGACCUCCCUGGACACCCCACCGCCAUUUCCCGCUGAAGGUGCUGUAAAGGGGCUGAGCAGCAGCACCACCAUGGUGGCCAAGCCCAAGUACCCCAGCGAUGAUGAGUGCUCCUCAGGGAGUGCCUCCAUAUCAGCAGACAGUAACGGGAACCUGCUGGGGGUGGGAGGGUCAUUGGAUCAUGCCCAUGAUUUAGGCCAUAAUCAGGGGCAAGAGAGAGGGGGAGACAGCCAGAGCAGACUGGCCCUGACCCUGGAGGCGGUGAGGGAGAUUAGGGAGGCACAAAGCCAGCUGGAGGAGGAUGUGGAAGAGCUCAGGGCCCAGGUUAAGAGAGACUAUGACAUCAUCCACCAGACGCUGCAAGAGGAGAGAUACAGGUAUGAACGCCUGGAAGACCAAUUCAAUGACCUGACGGAGCUUCACCAGCAUGAGACAGCCAACCUGAAGCAGGAGUUGGCCAGUAUUGAGGAGAGGGUGGCCUACCAGGCUUGCGAGAGGGCGAGAGACAUGCAGGAAGCCCUGGAGUCAUGCCAGACAAGGGUCUCCAAGCUGGAGCUCCAGCAGCAGCAGCAGCAGCAGACGGUCCAGCUAGAGAGCCGGGAUGCCAGAGUCCUGCUGGGAAAGAGCAUCAACAUCAUGCUGGCCAUUGUCACUGUCAUCCUGGUGUGCGUCUCCACUGCUGCCAAGUUUGCCGCGCCGCUGAUGAGGAGCCGACACCACGUGGUGGCCACCUUCCUGGGCAUCUGCUUCUUGGCCAUCUUCUGGAAGAAUUGGGACCGUUUACAGUGUGCCAUGGACAGGAUGAUCAUGCCGGCGUGAUGGAGCGGUCGCCAUGACUGGAACGCGGUUGUAGCAUGCAUGCUGUCAAUUGCCAGGGGAGAGAGGGGCUGUCUUUGAGAGGAUUGGUUGUACAAUCACCAGAAGACACGAUCACCUCACCUCACAUGCACAGUGGUCAUGAGAAAAAAACACUGGGCUGAAAUGAAACUCAGAUUAUGAUUCCCGUUGCCUUGAUCAUGGAGUUGUGUCGUUAACACACGUGUUCUAACACUUUUUAAAAAAAAAUAUUCAUGUCAAAAGUAUAUGUUGAUUAUUUUUUUUUUCCUGCACACAGAUCCCCAUAAUUUGGUCUGUUGGACAUAAUCACUGGUCAUUUCAAGAAGUAAAUUGGUGGGUUUGAAAAGAUACUUUGUGCACUUUUAAUGCUGACAAUGAAUCAGUGACAUUUUAAUAGUAUAGUAACACAUAGGUGAUCCACAUCUGCAUCGCCAUCUUAGCAGGCAGAGUCAUUGUUUCUCCGCAGUUUUUGUAAGAACCUCCCAGCUGGGAUACUGGACAGAAUACCGACAUGCUGUUUUGGUAAUGACAGCGUUCAGCCCAACUUAAAAUAUCCGUCAAAUUUACACAAGCACCCACAUGCACGCCUAAAACGCAGCACAACCUUUAAGCUUGGAAACUGCAGAAGGGCGGCAGGUUGACGUCACAUGUAUCUGAAGAACACAGAAAACUAGAGCAUGGGGAAGAGGGGGGGAACAUUUUGUUUUGUUAUUUCACAAAGGAUCUGAACUCCUUAAUGCCUUGUCUGUCCAAUGCGGUCAUCUCUGUUUACUCUGUUUAUUAUCUUUUUUUUCUAUUAAAGUGCAAUAUAUUUGAUUUUUAGGACCACUACUUUUAAGAUGUUUCUUUGAGGGGAGAAUGCUUUGUGUCGAUGUUUGGAGGAGUGACGGGGUGUUUCCGGGGGGCAGGAGGAGGAGGAGGAGUGUCUUUUAUGCAGGCGUGAGAGAUCCAUAACCAGUGAGACGGAUGUCGGGCCAUGAUAAGACCAGCUGUGUGCUCGCUCAAGGGCCAAAAAUCAGUGGAAUUGCAUUAUUAGUCUGUUGGCUCUAUAAUGUCUGAACAAGUCACUCCUUAAAGCAGACGGUGUGCACACACAUACACACACACCGAAAUGAAUGGAGCCCUUUUCUUGACUCUUUUUAAGUACAAGUCUUUUUUUUUUUUACGGUUCAGUCUGUUACUAAUAAUGUGAAUGAGAGGCAAAGGGUUACAUUGUGAUAGGAAGGUUUGUUUUUCCUGAAGAAAAAAAUAAAUAUUACUGACGCGUAAUUAUCCUCGAGUCCUAUGAACAUUGUCUAUAUGGCUCUCCUGUGAUCCUUUUGGGUUGUGUUUAAAUGUUUGCCCGCACUGUACUGUUAUUUAUGUUGACAUUUGCUGUGGUCUCUCUACUGAGCCAUUCGACACGGUUUAUUUGUUCCUGGUUUGAUAUAUCAGAAGACAUCCACACAGAACUACGGGUGUUGUUUACAUAUUCAUUCAUCUCCAUUGGAAAAGAAAAAACGUGAUCAAUUUGUUCUACUAUCAUGCAUUAUGUGCCUUUUGUCUGUUUUAUGAGUAUUCUGUUUAAAUUAA